AUGUCAGCAGAGUUUUCCCUCCUGACCAUCAUGUGCUAUGACCGCUACGUGUCCAUCUGCAAACCCCUGCACUACGGGACCCUCCUGGGCAGCAGAGCUUGUGCCCACAUGGCAGCAGCUGCCUGGGCCAGUGCCUUUCUCUAUGCUCUGCUGCACACAGCCAAUACAUUUUCCCUGCCCCUGUGCCAUGGCAAUGCCCUGGGCCAGUUCUUCUGUGAAAUUCCCCAGAUCCUCAAGCUCUCCUGCUCACACUCCAGCCUCAGGGAACUUGGGCUUGUUGUGGUUGGUGUCUGUGUAGUUUCUGGCUGUUUUGUGUUCAUGGUUUUCUACUAUGUGCAGAUCUUCAGGGCUGUGCUGAGGAUUCCCUCUGAGCAGGGACGGCACAAAGCCUUUUCCACCUGCCUCCCUCACCUGGCUGUGGUCUCCCUCUUUGUCAGCACUGCCAUUUUUGCUUACCUGAAGCCCUCAUCCAUCUCCUCCCCAUCCCUAGAUCUGGCAGUGUCAGUUCUGUACUCGGUGGUGGCUCCAGCCCUGAACCCCCUCAUCUACAGCCUGAGGAACCAGGAGCUCAAGGAUGCCCUGAGAAAAUUGAUGAGACUGUAUUUUCAGAAGCAUUUCCUAAACAUUUUCUGCUGCAGAGCCUUCAGAAUGUAA